AGAAUUAGAAGAAGAAAAUGAUGAUGAUGAAUAUGUCAUGCGUCUAUCAUUUAAAUAUUUGACAAAUGAAAAUUUAAACGAAUCGCAAAUUAAACAAAUAAAUGAUGAUUUUGCCAUAGAAAUUAUUCCUAGGCUGUAUUUGGGAAGUAAGCGAGCAGCUUUAGAUGAAGAUUGGUUAAAGUAUAAUAAAAUUACAGAUAUUCUUACCGUUGCCCAAGAUAUUAAGCCACGUUUUCCUAAAUCAUUCGUGUAUAAAGUGAUCCCAAUAAGAGAUAGCGAAUCACAAGACAUAUCAAAAUAUUUCGAAGAAACUUUUAUGUUUAUUCAGAAUGUUUUAGAUCAAGAAGAUAGAAGAAUUCUCGUUCAUUGCGAAAUGGGAAUUUCACGUAGUCCAACUGUUGUUAUUGCUUAUAUUAUGAGAUCUCAGAAGAAAUCAUUAAAGGAAGCGGUAAUCUUUGUUAAAGAAAGAAAAUCCUUUGUUCGACCAAAUUCAGGUUUUUAUAGGCAACUAAAAGAAUUUGGGUCAGAAUUAUCGCUUAAAAAUGAUUCAGAUUCAGAAUCGGAACUAUUGAACCAACUCGAUGGAAUUGUGGUUCAACAAUGGGAUGUUUUAUUUUCAGCAUAUGGGUGGAAUUUUUGA